AUGAUUCAACCCCACCCUAGAAUAUCAACACUGGAAUACCUCAUAGUUUUCAGAGUUCACAAUCCAGGGCUUACCAAUCUCAUUCAAUUAACUCUACUUUCUGCUUACAGACAAAUGGAAUAGGAAAACCUGACCAGUGUCUCAGAAUUUUUCCUUCUGGGACUCUCCCAACAGCCAGAGCAGCAGUGGCCCCUCUUUGGUCUAUUCCUGUCCAUGUACUUGGUCACAGUGAUGGGCAACCUCCUCAUCAUUCUGGCCAUCACUGCUGAUGCUCAACUCCACACUCCCAUGUUCUUCUUCCUGGCCAACCUCUCCCUCUCUGAUACCUGCUUCAUUUCUACCAGUCUGGCAAAUACAUGGGCCCAAAAUCAGGUCAUCUCCUACACAGAGUGUCUAUCACAACUGUAUUUUGUCUUGAUGUUUGGGAUGCUGGAGGCAUUCCUCUUGGCUGCCAUGGCCUAUGACUGCUACAUGGCCAUAUGCUACCCACUCCAUUACAUCAUGGUCAUGAGCCCUGGACUCUGUGUCCUCCUAGUGUCUGCAUCCUGGGUCAUGAAUGCCCUCCACUCCCUCCUACACACACUCUUGAUGAGCAGCCUGUCCUUCUGUGCAGACCAAGAGACUGCACACUUCUUCUGUGACAUCAACCCCCUUCUGAGUCUGUCCUGCACAGACCCCUUCAUCAAUGAACUGGUGAUCUUCACUGUAGGGGGUCUUGUGGGUCUGGUUUGUGUGCUUUGCCUGGUUAUCUCUUAUGCAUACAUUUUCUUGACAAUGCUGAAGAUCCCCUCAGCUCAGAGGAAGUGGAAAGCCUUUUCCACCUGCCGCUCUCACCUCUCUGUGGUCUGUCUACACUUUGGGAGUUCCUUUUGUGUUUACUUCAGCCCCCUCUCCAACCGCUUGGCACAGAAGGGUGCAGUUGCAUCAGUGAUGUACACGGUGGUAACCCCAAUGCUAAACCCCUUUAUCUAUAGUUGGAGGAACAGAGACAUCAAGUCUUCCCUGAAAAAGCUAAUGUGGGCUAGGAAAAUUCAUUCCCCUUAG